AUGUUGCGUGGGUGCGUAAAGGAUGGAAGAUUUGCAACGCGCGUGCGCGGAUCAACCCCUCAUAAGCGUUGGAGAAGGUUCAUAGUGUUAGGCGCGAGAUCCUGGCGCGCUGCCGGGGUAGCAGAACAUUCCUCCGUGGACCGUCCGCGGUGGCGGUGGUCCCGCUCUCUCACCCCCAGCGACCAAAGACUGCACAACUGCACUAAAACAUCACAAGUUCUCAGUGCACCACAGGGAGCUAUACUUAGUCCAAGUUUGGCUUUCUACAAUUUACUAUCUGCUUUUACUUCAUAA